AUGUCAGCCAUUACGGGAUUCAUAUCCGGAAAAUCUGCCGGCUUGAUUGAAAGGGACACCAAUGGAGAUGUAUUAUGGACCUGGUCCUAUCCAUCGGUCGUGGCAGAGGACAGGAAAUUCUUCAUGGAGAAAUCACAGCUCCAGACAGGGAGUAUCGUAAUACCUUUCCUGUAUAGCCAAUGGAAGGGAGACUGGUAUUACAUGUACAGUAAAGCAGUGACAGACACCAGUAAUCUUCCCAAGGUUACACAUUUUUCUUUAGUUCUUGUUGCCAAAGAUUUUAACCCAGAGAAGUAUGAAGAACUUUGUAAGAUACUAUCCAAUAAGUACCAGAGUUCAGGGAAUCCUGCCUCCAUGUUGGAGAGUUACUUAAGUGUAUUUACGAGAGGCUCCUGUUCUACAGAUGAAAAUGGACGCUUCUCUGCAAAAGAAUAUGACAACAAAAAAGCAUACUUAAAGUCAGAAUUAAGAGGUAUCAUAGAGACAUUUGGGAUGUCUACAGUCAUUAUCUACACAGCUUUGAUGCUAAAGAAAAGAAUAGCAGUUUACUACCCUCCAGACCAAAUACAUCAACUGUUGAUGUUUGUAAGAUCACUGCCUGCAUUAGUUUGGCAUCGGCAGAACUGGAAUAUAGCUUUUCCAUUCAUAGAAAUGAAUCAACAGGAGGUUGACUAUUUGAAGGGAGCUAACUCAUACGUAGCAGGUUUUACCGACGCAUCACUAGAAGGAAGGAAUGACUUGUAUGAUGUUUAUGUGAGUCCAACUUCAGGACAGAUCUCUAUAGCAACACAAGCCAAAGAAGCAUUAGCCAUGGGAAAGCUACACAAGGACACUGCAGCAUUCAUGGUACAGUGUGCAGAGAGUGAAGAAUUAUCAGAGGAGGACAUAGUUAAGGAAAUAGCCAAGAAGACAAGUGAACUUUUAAACAACCUUAAGAGUCUGGCUGUAGAAGGAGAAGAUGGGAAAUUAUCCAUAACCUUAGAAACAUUGAGAGCUCGUAAAAUGAAUCCUGCUACAGAAAAUUUCCUGUUUUCACUGGCAGCUUGUGAAGGACUUGUGAAGUUAUGAAUACAUUUCUGUAUCAAACAGGCCAAAUAAUUUCUGUGAUAUUGUAUAUGUUAUGUGUGGGAGAUAGUACCUGAGAUUAAAGUAAAAUAGAUAUGGAAUUCACUGCCCUCCAAAUAAAUCUUGACAUUGUCUUGCCCCCCCCCCCCCUCCUCCCAAAAAACACAAGAUAUUUAUGGAGGGCAGUCUAUAUCCCAAUGUUAAAGGUAGAAAUUUAUAUUAUGAUGUCAUGUGACAGUCCAUGCCUAGAUAUAAAAAGGUGUUAUAUACAUUGUUGGCACAUCAUGUGGUUUAUUGUACCAUGCUAGGUCAAUGAUUAUAUGUUAUGUACUGAAUCAAUAAGGUAUUUAUAUGCAAUGUACAUGAUUUAGAUAUAUUUUAGAACAGGACUGGAGUUACAGUAUUCUUGUUUCUGUUACUGUUUCAUCUGGUUAGUUGAUACCCAAUAAGGUUGAGUUAGUGGUGUAUUGUAAACACUAUUCAUUUGACCUUGAUUUUACUUUAUUUACCGACUCUCAUUUGUAUGAAAAAGAAAUAAAAUGUUUUAUUGUCAAGAAUUGUUUUUCAAAGAUUUGGUUCUGAUACAGAAAAAAAAAUUGAAAAUUCCAGUUUAUCACAACACACACCUCGCCCCACCCCAUUCCCCAAUUUACAGGCAUGUAUUUUUGAGAUAAUAAGCAGUUCAAUCACAAAGGCAUGAAACAAUAAAUUUUGAAAUUCAAAAUUUGAUAUAGCACAAUGAUGAAGAUUAAGCUAGGAUGUGCUAAUAUAAAUUUCAAUUUUAAAAUUUACUGUUACAUGCCCUGUGAUCCAACCUGAUUAAUAUCUGUAAUAAAAAAUUCUCAUAAAAAUCAUGAGACGAUUGGAUAUGGUGCUUGAAUGUAUUUAGGGAAUAUGACAUAAGUAUACACACUGUUAUGACUGUUUAACGAUAUCAGUCUUCUGUAGAAACAAUCCAGAAGUGAGCUAUAUACACCUAUUCAGUUUUAUCAAGGAUUUUUUUUUUUUUUUUUUUAUAAAAUCUAAUCAAAUGAAGUUUGAAUGUGUAACACACCAAACAAUAUAUCUGUUACCAGCUCAGAAUAAAAUCUGUCCAUCUUAUUUGAUGCUGUAAAACCAUACAUUUUGGUGGGGCUCAAAUUUCAUGGCUUUACAAAAAUAUGCUUUUUCUGUGCACUUAAUUUUAUGGAUAUUUAUUUCUCUCUGAAACCACUUGUACUAAAAUUGAAGUAUAUUUUUAUCACGUUUUUAUUUUGUGGACAUGAAAUUUCAUAGAUUAGGUAUAACCAUGAAUUCAAUGGAAAUUUAUGAUUUUUAAUCAUAUGAUAAAGAAAAUUAAUUAUUUUUUGUUGCUGUCACAUGGUGUGACUAUUUCUGAAGUAGGCACUGUGAUGUUACAGACAACAAUAUGGCUGCCACUAUUGUGUGUGAGUGGCAGUGAGAAUAUGAAAGGCUUAAAAAGAAAUUUUUAUUGCAAUUAUAUCUGUCUUUGUUAUGGGCCAAUAAUAUCAAAUUGGUUGUUGCAUUGAGGUUUAUAUGAUUAACCAUAACCUCCUUCACUCAAUCGCUUAUAACAUUGAAAAUCAAUUCCAUUUCUCUAUCGUCAUAGUGUUACCUCCUUCACUCAAUCGCUUUUAACAUUGAAAAUCAACUCCAUUUCUCUAUUAUCAGUGUUACCUCCUUCACUCAAUUGCUUAUAACAUUGAAAAUCAACUCCAUUUCUCUAUUAUCAAUGUUACCUCCUUCACUCAAUUGCUUAUAACAUUGAAAAUCAACUCCAUUUCUCUAUCAUCAUGGUGUUACCUCUUUCACUCAAUCGCUUAUAACAUUGAAAAUCAAUUCCAUUUCUCUAUUAUCAUAGUGUUAAAAAAUGAGAAAAGUUCCUUAAUGAUAUUAUAAAAGUUAUGAAAUUAAUUACUGUCAGUCUAUAGACAAAAGAGUUGCUAGAUUUAUAUUAGAUUUCCACAUCAUCCUUUAUAAACCUGGGUGACCCCCUACUCCUCAGUAAACCGACAUCCACAUUGACAUAACUGGUAUUUCUGUAUUUCAUGUUCCUUUAUUCUGCAGAGGCUAGCAACCAAGUACAAAGUGUUCUCAUGGCAGAGUUUAAACAUGUACCCCACCUUUAUCUAUCAAUAAACCUAAGUCUGGAAAUAAACACAUCCAUAUUCAAAAUUGUCUUGAAAUAUGGUCCUCAAGUCAUGGGGCCUGGUUGUUCAUGCAGACAGAUCAGUUUGUUGGUACUUUAAAGGUAAAAACUUGGGUAUAGAUUGAAACAAACUUCUGCAAAUAUUGAUAAAGGCAUCGAAAGGCUUAUCAUAAAGCAGAAUAAGACUUGUAGAUAAGAAGGUCCUUCCUAAUUUGUCAUCAAGGAAUAACCCUAAUUCACCCGGUCAAACCAAUGAAGGAAUAAUGAAGCCCAGGUUUACAUGCUGGCCCAGUGGACUUAUUACAGAACAGAUAUAGUAUUUAUUGGCAUAGUUAUUUCCUAUCAUCACCAUCAUAAUUCCUGCUUACAACCGUUAAAUCAUAGGAAAUAUAUCAAGGGGCCAUGAUAAGUCAGUCAGGAGCAUUUUGGCCAAUGCAACCACAGAUUAAGAUCGCUAAAAGGAUUUGCGUUUCUUAGGAAGCUGAGAAAAGGGCUAGUAUGGGCUGAUUUGGUGCCUUCUUUGGAAAGACACUUGACCUUUCUUUGAAUGGCCUGUGAUGGGCCUCCCUUAUGUUGUUCAGUAAGGUAGCCACCAGCUACUACAAGGAGCCUUUGCCUCAACAUGAUACAGACUGUUCAUCUGACAUUAAAUCGAGCUUAGAAAAGUAAAGUAUUUUAUCUUCAAAUUAAAUCAAGUCACCUCAGAUAUUUUCAUUUCAUACAUAUUUGCAUGAAGUUUAGUGAGGAGGCCUAUAGAGAAUACAAUCCUACAUUCAUUUUCACUGGCACUGGAUACACAGAAAUAUGUGUACUAAUUAUAUAUAUAUCCUUUUCAUCAAUGUCAAAAAGCUUUUUUUGUUGCACAUGCUGUAGAAAUUCAAGGAGAGUAAAUUGCUGAUGUUUAUUAGGUGGGAGGUGCAAAUGGUGUGUGGGAGGUGUUUGGGAGAUGUGAAUGAUGUGGUGGACUGGUGUGUAAGGUUGACAGAAGUUUGAUAUGAAAUAAAACCACUAACUUAUGGAUACCUCUCAGCAUUGAUUAUGUAUAUAAAUAUGUAUUA